UUCGAUUGACGCAUGUGUCAAUACGUAGCUGUAAAAAAUGCACAUCUCUACCACCACUUGGGCAGCUACCAUUACUCAAGGAGUUGUUUAUUGAAGGCUUGGAUGGGGUGACAGUUGUGGGUAUGGAGUUACUUGGGGCUAGUCUAGAAUGCCCUUCGCUUGAAAUUCUAAGUUUUGUAGACAUGCCAAGGUGGGAGAAAUGGUCAACCAAUAGCGGGGUUGUCUUUCCAUGCCUUCGACAACUUCAUAUAAGAAAUUGUCCUAGUUUGGUUGAAGUCUCACUUGAAACACUACCUUCAUUGAAUGUUUUGGAAACAACUGAAUGUGACAGUGGUGUGUUGAAAAGGCUGGUUCAAUUAGCUUCAUCAGUCACAAAGUUGGAUAUAUGUCAUAUUUUAAGGCUUAAUGAUGUGGUGUGGAGAGGUGUUAUACAGUAUCUCGGGGCAGUCGAAGAAUUAUGCAUCACAGAUUGUAAUGAAAUAAGAUACUUGUGGGAAUCAGAAGCAAUUGCAAGUAAGUUUUUUGUGAAUCUAAGGAAAUUGAAAGUAGAUAGAUGUGAUACUAUGGUGAGUUUAGGAGAGAAAGAGGAGUAUAAUUGUAGGAGCAACUUCCUCACAUCUCUUACAAUGUUGGAUCUAUGUCUUUGUAAGAAUAUGGAGCGCUGUAAGUGUCCGGUCAACAUUGAUAACUUAAUUGUAUACAAAUGUAUUUCAAUGACAGUUAUCUCCUUACCAUCAGGAGGGCAGAAACUGAAGUCACUUUACAUUAGUGGUUGUAAGAAACUCUCGGAAAGGGAAUGGGGAGGACACGAGAUCAUGAACAACACAAGAAGCAUGCCAAUGCUUGAAGUUAUAGAUAUAAAUGAUUGGCCAGAUCUGAAAUCAAUAACUGAACUGAAGGUCUUGGUUCACCUCACCACAUUGAAAUUAAUAAAUUGUGGAAGUCUGGAGUCAUUUCCCGACAAUGAGUUGUCCAGUUUAACCUUGUUGAAGUAUCUCCAUAUAACAGAUUGUCCAAGUAUGGAUGCUUCUUUUCCUCGUGGGGUUUGGCCUCCCAAGUUGCAUUCCCUAACAAUAGGAAAGUUGAAGAAGCCUAUCUCUGAGUGGGGCACUCAAAAUGUUCCAACAUCGGUUGUUGAGCUAUACUUACACGGUGAUGAUGGAGUGGGCAGUAGUUGUCAAUUUGCUGAUUUUCUUCCUUCAUCUGUUACUCGUCUCGAAAUAAUUUCAUUUGGGAAAUUGAAAUCAUUUUCAAUGGGACUCCAACGCCUCACUUCCCUCCAACAUCUAUCUUUUUCCAAUUGCCCAAACAUGGUGGAUCUACCAUAAAUGUUGUUGCCUUCGCUUUUGAGUUUAGCGAUCAACUAUUGUCCAAAUCUGAAAGAAAGAUGCAGUGAAAGAGGCUGUUACUGGCCCCUCAUCUCCCAUAUUCCCUGUAUUAUCACCAUUCCCCCUCUUCAAUCAUGAAGUUAAUAUGAAGACAUGAUUGAUCCUAAAGAGAAAGAGAGGUUGCACUUUUUAGCCAGAGACAAAUUAUGCAAAGCCUCAAACUCGGAUGUGGCACCCAAAAGGAACAUGUAACAGCUGCCUUGUAAUAGCUCUACGGCGAUCUAUUUGCAUUGAGAUUCCAACCAGGGCGAUGAACAUACAAUAUGAGUAGCAAGGAUGUAAGAAUAACCUCGGUAAUUGACGCUAUUUGAUCAGGGAAAGGAGGAUAUUAAUUUGUCAUAAAUUUGUUAAGGGGUAUGAGUGGGAAAACGGGCAGCUUGGCCGGAUUGCGUAACAAAUUGAAACUCGUUCGGUUAAAACUUGCAUCUUUAGAAAACAGAUCAGAUCGGUUCAGGUGAAAAUGGUUAAAAGUUCGUUCCUUUUACUUGUGAGAGCUUAACCCAAGUUAUGUCUCGAACGUCUUAGAGUAAAAUUUACUUGUGAACACUUUAUAUGGUGGCUUGAAGAAAAAGGAGCCAAAAUAUCUGGAUUGAGGAUGAAGCUAGUUCGAUCAAUUCGAGUAGAGACCAUUUUAUAGCAUGGAAAUAUUUUGAUAAAUUACCGGUUGACGAAAAUGGGGAUAAGAAGCUACUUGUACCAGUGGAAAGGUUUUGUAUAACAAUACUGGUUGUUAAUAUAAGUAUGCUGAUGUUCGUUUACUGUAAA